AUGAGCGAAAAUAAUGAAGACACGAAUGUAGACGAAAAUGUUGAAAACAACGAGGACGAAGAAAAUGAAGAUAAUAAUAUAGAACAAUUAGAUGGUGAAGAAGGUGGAGAUGGAGAAGACAAUGGUGAGGAAGGCGAUGGUGAAGACGAUGAUGACGAUGACGAUGAUUCAGAUGAUGACGAUGACGAUGUUGUACUUGUAUUAGAUCAAGAGAGUGUUGAAGCUUCAUCGAGUAAACCAGGUAGUAGUACUGGUUUUAAUAGAACACCUAAUAAAACAUUUGCUGGAUUUAGACCAUCUUCAAUUACUCCAGGUUCAGGUGGGAAAUUUUCAACAAAACAAACACCAGCUGGUGCAUUUGUUCCAGCAAAAACAAAUCAAAAAACAAUUUAUGAAGUUGAUAUAGAUUCAUUCGAAGAGAAACCAUGGUUAAAACCUGGUGCAGAUAUUUCAGAUUAUUUCAAUUAUAAUUUUACUGAAGAUACAUGGAAAGCAUACUGUGAAAGACAGAAUCAAAUGAGAUUAGAAGUAAACAAUUUAGGUAAAAUUAAAGGUUAUGAAAGUAAAAACAAUAUAGAUUCAAAAUCAAAUGGUGCAAUUGAUUUACCUCCCGAACUCCAAGGUGAUCAUGAAGCAUCCCAUACAAAUAAAAAAAUGCAAGGCGGUAGACCAAUAUUUAAAAAACAACCAAGUAGAUCAGAUAUUAAUAAUAACAGUAAUAACAAUAAUGGUGAGGGUAAUGAUAAUACAGACUCAGCACCACAAGACAGAUACAACAGAGGACAACAAAACCAAAUGCAGCAACAUUUAUACCAACAACACCAACAACAGCAACAACAACAGCUACAGCAACAACAACAAACACAAGGCUACAACCAAAGAGGUGCAUAUAAUCAAGAUAAUAGUGGUGGAUAUCGUGGCGGUAUAAAUAAGCCCUACGAAGAAGAAGAUAGUAACAGAAAAAGAAGAAGCAAUGAGCGUGAAAGAGAAAGAGAGCGUGAAAAAGAAAGAGAUGACCACAGAAGCAGCGAACGUGAAAGAGACCGUGAAAGAGAAAGAGAAAAAAGCUCAAGAUCAGACUCUAGAAGUAAUAGCGACAGAGACCGUGAAAGAGAUAAAGAUCGUGACGAUUAUAAAAGCGGUAGAGGCACAACCGGCAGCGGUGGCAACAGCAGAGGAGGUGAUCGUGAAAGAGAUAGAGACCGUGACGAUUAUAAAGGUAGUGGAAGAAGCGACCGUGACCGUGGAGACUCAAGAUCAUCGUCGUCGUACUCAUCAGAUUAUAAAAGAAAAGGAUCGGCACAACAAGAUAGUGAUAGAUCAAAAAGAAGAAGAUAAAAUAAUAUUUAUUUAUAAAAAAAAACAAAAUAAAAAUUAAAAUUUUUAAAAAUU